CAGCAUCUUGCGUGGCGCCAGCUUAGUGGGAAAGGAUUGGGGAAGGAUAUAUAUAGAGACGAGCCCCGGGCAGAGACAUAACAGCUUCUCUCCAGUGCUGGGAAGGGAGCACGUGCACCAUGCGGUCCCUCAUAGCUAUAACUUUCGUGGCGGCGCUGAGUGUAGCUGCGGCUGCGCCCGGAGGUUGUUGUGGAGGUGGCCAUGGCUCCUACGGCAGCAGGGGAGGAGGAGGACAUGUAGGAGGAGGAGGAGGACAUGUAGGAGGAGGUGGCGGCCGAGGCGGUGGUGGCAGGAUUAUUAAGGCACAGCUUGUCGGAGUCGGCACUCUUCCCAGCAUCGGUGGAGGCGGCGGUGGAGGCUCGGGGGUAUAUGGCACCCGAGGCGGUGGCGGACACAGGUUCUCCAGAGGACCUAGUAUUGUCCGAGCUCAGCUGGUCGGCGUCGGCACCCUCCCAAGCACCGGCGGCUCAGGCGGUGGAGGUUACAGCUCACAUCGGGGCGGAUCUGGGGGCAGAUCACGCGGUCCUAGCAUUGUGCAGGCACAGCUGGUCGGCGUCGGCACCCUCCCAAGCACCGGCGGCUCAGGCGGUGGAGGUUACAGCCAUCACGGAGGAGGAUCUCGCGGCGGCUCCAGCAUCGUCCGCGCUCAGCUGGUCGGUGUCGGCACACUCCCGUCCCGCGGAGGAGGUGGACACGGGACUUCAACCGGCGGGGGAUACGGCCGCCAUGGCUGGUAAUGCGUUCCUUUCGAUACCAAAUUUGAUUGAGUGUUUACAGUGCGCACCGCUGUAACUCAGAUACAAAUACAAUAAAAUCCAGAAACUAA